CCAGUGCUGCCAAUUUAGCAUUUUUUGGGCUAAAUUUAGCAUAUUUCUAAGUGAUUUAGCACGAAUAAAUUCAAUUUAGCAUAUAGCAUAUUUUUAGCACUUUACCCCGAUAUGAUAAUUCUGCCUUUUGCACAUUUUUUUAUUAGGCUUCACAAAUAAACUUGACUUUCCGAACGCAAAAAAACGCGGUGAUGUUUCUGAACGCAACCGUAGACAUAGACACUAUGGUCAGGGGAAUCCCGCUGGGAUGGAACAAGUACCUACACUACCUUUAGUUGAUCGGUCGGUACUUUUGUUCUAUUUUUUCGAGUUUUGUGUGGUUACUUAGUUAUUAAAUAAGUUUUAAAGACUUGAUAAAAUUGACAAUGCCUCCAAAAUAUAACCAACAUUAUCGUGUAGAGUGGGAAUCAAUGUCCGUUUUUAAAGAGUGGCUUCAACCGGUCGAAAGCGACAGCACAAAAGCGUACUGUAAGUAUUGCAAGUCGCAAAUUGUGGCAAAAUAUUACUGUUUAAAACAGCAUGCUUCAUCUUCGAAACACCUCAAAGCUAUGGAACCAAUGAGAAGUCAAAAAAAACUUGAAUUCCCAAAAAUAAUAAACAAUCUCGAAACUCAAAAAGCUGAAAGCGCCCUUGCUAUGUUCAUAUGUGAACAUUGUUCUAUUUUGACCACUGAUCAUUUGUCGCAAGUAUGUAAGAAAAGAUUUAGUGAGAGCCAAAGUGCUAACGACUUGCGACUGCACAGGACAAAGUGCACACAUAUAAUUAAGAACAUAUUGGCACCACAUUUUUAUAAAGAAUUAGUAGACGAUAUUGGAGAUCAAGAAUAUAGUUUAAUGAUUGACGAAUCCACAGAUGUCUCAGUUAGCAAAUUAUUGGGCGUGACAGUCAGAUAUUUCAGCUUAACGUUGAAGAAAAUUGUUUCUACUUUUUUGGGAUUGGUCGAACUUGAAGAUGGAACAGCCAACGGUAUUGUGAAAGGCUUAAAGUUAUUGUUUUCCAGUUUGAAUUUGAAUAUAAAAAAUAUAAUUGGCGUUGGUACGGAUAACGCAGCUGUUAUGACAGGAACCACCAAUGGCGUUCAUCAAUUGCUAAAAACUGAAACUGGCAAAGAUAACUUAGUAUUAAUACGCUGUGUGUGUCAUUCCUUACAAUUAGCAAUAUCACAUGCCUCCGAACAGACACUACCUAGAAAUAUAGAUUUUUUAAUACGUGAAACAUAUAACUGGUUCAGUCAUUCGUCGAAGCGGCAAAUUUACUAUAAAGAAUUAUAUAAAACUAUGAACUUUGGAUCAGAGCCCCUUAAAAUCCCUCGGUUGUGCAAUACUAGAUGGAUAUCCAUCGAGCCAGCUGUAUGUCGUAUUUUAGAGCAAUGGGACGAACUGAAACUGUUGUUUCAAGUUGCCAGAAGCAGCGAACAAUGUUACAUGGCAGAAAUGUUAUAUAAUAUGUACAGUGACCCCGUAAACCAUUUAUAUUUAAUUUAUAUUAAGCCAAUCGUACAAGAAGUCCAAAUGGUAAAUAAACUUUUUGAAAAAAACGAUGUUGAUAUAACUAAACUUUAUGAUGAUCUUAUUGGCUUAACGGAAUCUAUAAGUCGACGCAUUUUGAAUCCUACAGCCAGAGUUGACGUACUAACACAAAAUAUUGCCAGUUACGUAGAUCCGUCGCUGUACAUGGGUUACGCUUUUGAGACAAAGUUAAGAGAGUAUAAUCUAGCACGAGAAGUGACGCAACACGUUAAACAGCGAUGCGUUAAUUUUACCAUUAAACUUGUAACAGAAUUACAAGCGAGAUUGCCUACGAACUUUGCAGUUCUACGAAAAAUUUCAAUAUUUUCAGUACAAGAGACGCUAAAAGUUAUUAAACCACCAAUCAUUGAAAUAGCGCAAGAAUUUAAUAUAGAUGCAACAGGAAUUGACAAACUUAUAUCACAAUGGCGAAACAUUGUUUUUAUACAAUGGCAAUGUACUUCCUCUACUGCUGAAUUUUGGUGUGAAGUUCUGGAGUACAAGGACGCUGCUGGAAAUAACCCCUUCAAGGAAUUGGCUGCAUUUGUAACAAUGUUAUUAACAUUACCACAUUCAAAUGCAGAGGUAGAGCGUGUAUUUAGCCAAGUUAACUUGGUAAAAACUAAACUCAGGAACAGUUUAUCAACUUCAACUUUAAACGCAAUUUUAUACGUGAGAUUUGGUUUAAAAAGGGUCAACAAAUGCUGUCACUCCUACGAGGUCCCUGGCCCAAUAUUGCGAAAAAUAGGGACAAAUGAGGCUUAUGCAUAUACAUCUUCAGCUCCAAAUCCGGCUACAUCUAUGGAAGAGGAUUCCGACGAUUUCUUAUUUAUUUCUUAAAAUGAGUGCUUCUUUACACUUAUUGUAAAGAUUUUUUAAUAAAUGCUCUUUUUCUCUGUGUUGGCAUUUUUUUUUAGCAUUUUCUGAAAAAUUUUAGCAUAUUUUUGGCAUUUUUUAAAUGUAGAUUUAGCAGAAAAUAUUUUUUGGUGUUGGCAGCACUG